AGCUAUCUGCCUGAACACGAGAAAAAUGCGGGACGAGGCGGUUGGUCGAAAGUAAUGAUAACUUUUUUUUUUUUAGUUUGAUCGAGAUGCGCAGGCAAGUGCCAAUUCCCUGAAUGCCGGGGAAUACUUGGAUCAUAUUUUGCUGUUCAUUGUGGUCCCUGUGAUCGUUGGUUUCACGGAAGCUGUGUAAAGUUGACGGCAACAACCGCGGAUGGUAUUGACUCACGCUACAUGGAGUGGGUGUGUGGUUGUUGCGCAAUUCCGGUCGUGCUGGGCAAGUACCUUCUUCGACAUGAACAGUUGGCGUUGGCUGUAGAGUACUGUAUGUUUCAUGACGACAGUAGCAUCUACCUGGACAUCUGCAAGUUAGCGCAGGAUCUAUCCGAUUUGGCCACGCUCGUCGAAUUUCUUGGCCACUUUGCCGGUAUGUGCAGUAAACUGGAUGUGCACUGUCUGUACGCGUGCUCACGUGACAGCAACUGGGAAGAAUUCCAACGUGUGAUAUAUGUGGCGAACCUUGAGCGCUCACAGAUCGCCAUGGUGGCGAAGAGUAUCGAGAUGGAAAGAUAUUGCCAUCCUGCGGCAUCGAAGUUUGCCGCGUAUCUGCGAGCUGUAUUGGACGCCAGAUGCGUCACGCCUUUGCUAACGUCGCCUGAACAUCACCGCAUUGCUAGUUCGGAGACAGAUUCCGAUGACAGAGAAACUGUAGAGGUGUCACAAUUGGGAUCACUCUCCAUUUCGGACGAUGGCCACAGUGUUGGCCGCAGUGGAAGUCAGGCAAAAGUUUCGGACGGGGAAGUUGACUCGCCGCCAGAUUCUCCAGCCGCGUCAAACAAUCACCCGCCAGCCAAAAGGAGGCGCCUGUCGUCAUCAUCAUCUUCGUCCUUGGAAAUGCCUCCGCCUCGGCCGCAAACUGCCUUGUCGUCUGGUCGUGCAUUACAGAGUCGUCUGAGCCUUAGUGGUCGGUGUCGUGCUUAGAAUCACGCAUUCAUCUGCUUAGUUUCACGGCGUUGUCGAAGAACACAAGGGAUGUAGGCUUCAUUGUUGGACAUGUGCGCUCAUUAUUGCCUUCGUUAUUAUCGAGGGGUCGGCAACUAUUUUAAAUCUCGUACACUUUGUUUUGGGUGUGCGAACGUAAUGUAGAAAAUCAUUUCAUUUAUUCACCUAUGUCAAUUAGCUUUAGGGAAGACUGGGGACUUUUGGGGCUAUGUCAGACAUUAUUUUUUACGCUGCCUUUCUUUUUUUCAGCCAAAAUAUUGAAAAAUAGAAAUACGACAGUUAUUCCCGGGCCUUUAUUUACUUUCUGUAACUUUUUAUUUCAUUUUUUCCGUCGAACUGUGUAUUAGUUUUUAAAUAAAAUGAGAAAAGGGAAACAUUACAAAAAAGAAUGAGUGUUAUAAACUUCUCCCUUUAAGAAUGACAGUUAUGCAAUCAAUUUCAAUAAGGGAGAUAUUCGCCAUCUACUGACAGAAAUGUGAACUAUGUUUAUGUAAUGGAGAACUAGAAAUGUUUAAUCUGCUCAAAUUGUCGUUAACACACUAUUGUUAUUGUGUAGUUGACUACUGCGAGACUUUGUUAUCUGUGGCACAGACUAAGAUUAU